AUGGACCUGCAUUUGCAAGCAAUGUUCUCCGGCCAGGGACUGUUUGGGCCGCAGUUUCAGGCCGUACCUCCGGACCACGACGCCUUCCGAAGCGGAGGUCCCAUGCCCCCACUGGAGCAGCAGCAGCCGCCAGGUGGUGCAGGUGAGGAGAACCAAGGUCCACCUGGCUUAGUGCACGGUGGAUCGACUCGCAAACGGCGCGCGCUCGAAGAUCCGCGUGAAGGAAGCCGCUCUCUGAGACUGAGUAUCAACGCUCGUGAACGUAGAAGGAUGCAUGACCUCAAUGAUGCCUUGGACGAACUACGCUCAGUGAUACCCUACGCUCAUUCGCCUUCUGUGCGCAAGCUAUCCAAAAUCGCCACCCUCUUACUCGCCAAAAACUACAUUCUCAUGCAAACGAAAGCUCUCGAGGAACUCCGCAGGAUUGUCGCAUACCAGAGCGGCCUCGGAGGUCUACCCAUACCUCCAGGUGUUGGUAUUCCCUCCGAGAUCCCGCAAGACUCUUCCGGCAGUCCCGAUGAUCGUAAAUCGUGAUGAGCUUGGACAACGAAUUCUUCCCUUGAGUGUGGGAUGUCGGAAACGUUUAGAAUUCGAAAAGAGAACUGGUAAGAAGUAUCGAGCAUGAAAUCAUCAGCCGAGACCACCAAAGCCGAGAUCAUCACACGACCCGAGAUCUACAACGAAGCGAACUCUUUCGCUGCACCAAGUUAGGCAUCGACCGAUCGACUCGCUACAGGAGUUGUCCGGAGGAGAGGGAAUCGAAGUUCAAUCACAGUCGAAAAGCUUUACCGGCAAUCGA